AUGGAGUCGUCCAAGAAGCAAGAGCCGCCCCUGGCCCGGGAAGGAGAGGCCGAAAGAGCCACGCUGAGCCUCACUCUCGCCCUCCGCAACGGAAGAAAGGCUGGCAUCUCCAGGACAGCCAAAGUGUUUGAGAUGUUUGAAGCUAAAAUCCAUCACUUUGAAACUAGAUCAGCUACAAUAUCCAAGAACGUUGCUGAUGACCUCGAACUUUUUGUGAGAUGUGAUGUUUUAGGCUGUGAGGUCAGCAGCCUUGUCAGUUCCUUAAAGAGUGUGGCGGAGGACGUGAAAACAAACCGGGAAGAAAGAGCCCCAUGGUUCCCGAAGAAAAUGCGUGAGCUUGAUAACUGCCAUCACCUGAUCCCCAAAUAUGACCCUGAUUUGGAUCAUGAGCACCCGGGAUACUCUGAUCUGGAAUACAGGAAGCGGAGGACCUUUAUUGCUGACUUGGCUUUUAACUUCAGACAUGGGGACCCAUUACCAAGAAUCAAGUACACAGCCCAAGAAACAGCUACAUGGAGGGAAAUCUACCAGAAGCUGAGCAGUCUCUACCCGACCCAUGCCUGUAAGCAAUAUCUGGAUGCCUUUAAUCAGCUAGAAAAAUACUGUGGAUACCAAGCAGACUGUAUCCCUCAGCUGCAAGAUGUGUCUACAUUUCUAACAGAAAGAACAGGCUUUCAGCUGAGACCAGCAGCAGGGCUUCUGUCUGCUCGGGAUUUUCUUGCCAGCUUGGCAUUUCGUGUCUUCCAGAGCACACAGUACAUCAGACACUCCUCUUCCCCAAUGCAUUCCCCAGAACCUGAUUGCUGUCAUGAACUGCUGGGCCAUGUUCCCAUGUUAGCUGACAAGGAAUUUGCACAAUUCUCACAGGACAUAGGGUUGGCUUCCCUUGGAGCAUCUGAUGCAGAUAUAGAAAAACUGUCUACACUCUAUUGGUUCACGGUUGAGUUCGGCCUCUGCAAACAAAGUGAAUCUAUCAAAGCGUAUGGAGCAGGUCUCCUGUCUUCUUAUGGGGAGCUGGUGUAUGCCUUAUCAAAGAAGCCAGAAUACAAACCCUUUGACCCAGAUGUGAUGGUGGUUCAGCCUUACCAGGACCAGACCUUCCAGCCACUCUACUUUGUAGCAGAACAUUUUGAAGAUGCAAAGGCUAAGCUCCAAAAAUAUGCUCUUCAGAUCAAGAAGCCAUUUCCCCUUCAUUAUGAUCCCUUCACUUGCAGCAUAGAGGUUCUUGAUUCACCACAGAAAGUAAAGGGAAUCAUCACACACUUGAAAGAAGAACUGAAAAACCUCUGCCAUGCCUUUGAAAAGCUGUCUUAAAAUGAUUGCCCUAAACUAGGGGUUUCAACCUUGGGUCUACAGAUGCUGUUGGACUACAACUCCCAGCAAACCCCAGCCAUGAUUAGGGAUGAUGAGAGUCAUAAU